AUGAUGCCUACCCCGCCGAAAUUGCCUCGAGGCCCAUUGAACGAACUGCACCAGGCCGCAAUGCGUGGUUUCACCGAGCGUAUCAAUUCCGUGCUAACCAGGGGGGUCAUAAACAUCAACCAAGGCGAUCCGACGGGCCGAACUCCCCUCAUGUGCGCCGCCCAAAAGGGCUGUAUGCGCGUUGUCGGCAUCCUGCUGAACAAGGGAGCCAACGACCUCGCCGAAGAUCAUGUUACCGAUCAUGAAGAGACAAGAUGUGGCCCAUCGUGUUUUCCUGGCGGCCUUCUGCCCGGUGGGUGGUUCUGA